AUGAUUAUGUCUGUUCUAGGUUGCAAAGCACUCUGUAAUGUAUUACGCACAAAUCGUACAAUUCGUACACUUAUUUUGGAUGGUAAUCGUUUUAAUGAUGAAUGUGCUUCAUACAUUAGUGAACUAUUGGUUAUGAAUGGAUACCUUACACACUUAAGUAUAAGUAAAAAUUUAUUAGAAGAGCAAGCUGGUAAAUUAUUGGGAGCAGCAUUAUCAGAAAAUACCGGUUUAGAAUAUUUAUGUUUGUCAUGGAAUCGUUUGCGUCAUAAAAGUAUCGGGUUAUUUAUGAAAUUUUUACUAUCAAAUGAUCGAUUACGAUCACUCGAUUUAUCAUGGAACGGGUUUGGUUUAUAUGCUGCAAAAGUCUUUGGUGAUAUUAUGAAAGUAAAUUCAACAUUGGAAGAGAUUAAUUUAGCUAAUAAUCAAUUAACAACCGAAGCAGCAAUACAUAUCGGAAGAGGGCUGAGUAAAAAUGAAACAUUAAAAAUUUUAAUAUUAAACGGAAAUCCAUUAGAAUCGAGCGGAUGUUAUGCUGUAGUGAAACCACUCGUGAAAAUGCCAACAAGUUCAUUGCAAAUGAUUGAUUUACGAGAAAUUAUAAUAAACAACGAUUUUAUAGAUUUGGUGCAAGAGGUAAAGAAAAUACUGCCGAAUUUAAACAUUAAAUUAGGUAGGAGAAAAAAUGAUUAUUAA